AAAGAGAUUGCAUAUUCGCUGUUCGUUCAGUUCUCGUUGAAUGUUUCAAGAAUAUUCUUGUUUAUUUGAAAUCAAUAUAUAUAAAAGAAAAAUGAAAACGAUCGUGAUUAUUUCUGCUAUUUGCGUUUGCGUUAGUGCAAUGACACAUGAGGAAUUAAAAUCUGGAAUACAUACUCUACAGUCAAUUUGCAUGCCAGAAACUGGGGCUACUGAACAAAUAAUAAAUGAAAUUUAUGAUGGCAACAUUAAUGUAGAUGAUGAAAAUGUUCAAUCAUAUGUUGAAUGUAUGAUGAAAAAAUUUAAUAUUGUUGAUGACAAUGGAAAUUUCAACGAAGAAGUUACUAGAGAUGUUGUGAGUGCAAUUUUAGACGAAAAUGAAACUGAACAACUGAUUACCGAAUGUUCACCUAUUUCUGAUGCCAAUGUACAUAUAAAAAUUAGUAAGAUGUUACAGUGUUUUGCGAAAUAUAAAACAAUAAAUAGUGUACUAAAUUCCUAAAUGUUCAAUUAUCAAGAGCAAGAGAGAUUUAGUCAGUGUAUGGUAUAUUUAUUUUUUAUUUUAUUUGAUUACUUAUUUCAAUUAAUUAAAAUAUAUUUGAUUAUUUAAAAUAUAUUUCUAUUAUAAUAAAUCAAUAUACUAUUAUUAAAUUAAUGUAUGAUUA